AUGACCGCCAAGGCAAAGCUGAACCGUGAGCGUCGGCUUCUACUUGUUAUUGGCAUCUCAUUCUCAUUUUUCAUCGCUGAGAUUGGUGUUGGAUUCUACACACGCUCUCUCGCGCUCGUUGCCGAUGCGUUUCAUUAUCUGAAUGACCUCGUGGGCUUUAUCGUGGCGUAUGCUGCUGUCAAGAUAUCGGCACGGGAUGAGUCCCCUAAAGAACUUUCCUUCGGUUGGCAACGAGCACAACUUCUGGGGGCAUUUUUCAACGGCGUCUUUCUCCUCGCGUUAGGGGUCAGCAUCUUCCUACAGUCUAUUGAAAGAUUUGUGUCACUCCAGCGUAUGGAAAACGGUCCUUCGCGACGCCCGUACCACGUACUCACGUUUUAUCUUCCAGGAGUUGAAAAGCCAAAGCUUAUCCUCAUCAUCGGAUGCGUUGGCCUAGCGCUCAACAUCAUAAGUGCCACAUUUUUACAUGAGCAUGACCAUGAUCACGAAAAGGACCGUACGCACAACGGGGAGCCCACGGCAAACGAAGGCCAUGAGAAUAGAGCAGAGGCUUCACUUGGAGCAGAUGUGCCCGUUACACUUCACCAAGAACACCGACACCAGGCGAAUCCACGGAAAACGGCCGGGUAUGAUCUUGGCAUGUUAGGCGUGCUUCUUCACGUUAUUGGCGAUGCGAUUAACAACGUGGGCGUCAUUAUCUCUGCCUUGGUCAUCUGGUUGGCCCACUAUGACGGGAAAUAUUAUGCAGAUCCUGGAGUCAGCAUGGGAAUUGCGGUGAUGAUCCUCAUAUCAUCAGUUCCCCUAGUUAAAAGAUCAGGCUCCAUCCUUCUUGAAAGCGUGCCUCCUGGGGUUGAUCUAAGAGACAUAAAGCAUGACUUGGAAACGAUCCCUGGAAUAGAAUCGGUGCAUGAACUACAUGUUUGGGGCCUAAACCAGCGAAAGGCGCUUGCGUCAGCCCAUGUAGUCGUUAAGGAGCAUUCGGUCUCUAGCUUCGUCCACUUGGCAAACGUGAUUAACGAAUGCUUUCAUGCCUAUGGCAUUCACUCGACCACGCUGCAACCAGAGCUUGCAGCGAGUAAUAUCUUAAGCGAGGCUUCGGGACAAAAAAAUCUUCGGAAGAGGUCGAACAUCGCCCUGUCCUGCCAGAUAACCUGUGGAAAUCUCUGCGAAGAUCUGACCUGCUGUGGAUAA